AUGCUCCAAUUUUUACAUCUAGUCUUACUAGCAUCAGCAGCGUUGGCGUUGAUUGGAGAUGGAUUUUUAUCAUUGUCCGUGAACAAGAUUCAAAACACCAAUGGGUUAGGCAACUUCCCCAACAGAUUGCCCAUUUUUGAACAGCUCGAAGAUGACUUGGAGAAUAUAACCAGCACAAUCUUUGGUAAAGAUGCUGUAAAAGGUAAGAUUGCUCCACUUUUUGGAAAUUCAGCUUUCAAAUUCAAUAAGAAUAGGAAUAAGGAUAAGGGCCAGAAUGGGGAAAUUCUUACUGAUAUACUUGGAAUUGGCAAAAGUGCCACACCCAACGCUACAAGCUCUGACGAGAACCAUUCUGGUGCCUUUUCUGUCGACUUAAACAAUGCUCAAACAAUGUACAUUGCUAGUAUCGACAUCGGCUCACCAGCACAAGAAGUCCAAGUCAUGAUUGAUACCGGAUCAGCUGAUCUUUGGGUCAUUGGCUCACAAAACCCAAGCUGUAUAGAAAAUGGAGGACAAGUAAACUGUUCAGAGUAUGGUACUUUCAAUUCUGCCAAGUCAUUGAGCUGGCACAAGAAUGAUAGUGUUGAGUUUAGUAUCUCCUACCUUGAUGGAUCUGGAGCUACUGGAGAUUUUGGCCAAGAUAGUAUUCAAUUUGCUAAAGACUUUGUAUUGAAGGAAGCUAAUUUUGCUGUUGUUGAUAAUACUUCUACUGAAAUUGGUGUUUUCGGCGUUGGUUAUCCAAGUUUGGAAAGUGCUUCUCAAAAGUAUAGCAAUAUCCCCCAUGCUUUGAAAGAGCAAGAUGUGAUUGCCAAAGCUGCUUAUUCAUUGUAUUUGGAUUCAAGUAGCUCAAGUCAAGGUAGUAUUUUGUUUGGGGGAAUCGAUCAUGCAAAGUAUACUGGGGAAUUGAAAACUAUUGAUAUCGUCCCCAAAGAUGGACAGUUCCUAUACUCACAAAUUCCAUUGUCUCACAUUGCCGUUUCAUUAAACAACUACACAAAUGCAUCACCGUCAGGAACCGGUUCCAAUGGUGCCCAACCAGGUAUAGUUGGAGCUGCAAGUAUAUACAAUGGUACAGAUUCAUUCAACGGCGGUGUCGACUUGAAUGAUACCACUGUCUUGCUUGAUUCGGGAACUACCUACUCAUUCCUUCCCAAGAACCAAAUUGAAAGUAUCCUUGGGUUGUUUGGUAAUGUGACAUUUGAUGGUAGCCUCGGAGGUUACAAGAUCCCUUGCUGGUUAGGAAACAAGGGUAAUUACUUGCGUUUCAACUUCAAUGAAGAGAAAGAUAUUGAUGUUGAGUUGUCAGAGUUUGUUUUAGAGGUUGGCAAAGAAGCAUCUGGAGAGGGGUCUUGUGUGUCUACUUUGUUGCCAGGACAAGCAAUUUUGGGAGACAAUUUCUUGAGGUCUGCUUAUGCUGUGUUUAACUUGGACGAUAACACGAUCUCCCUUGCCCAAGCUGCGUACAAUGAUGACCACAAAGUGGUUCCAAUAGAGUAG